AUGCGUUUCCUGUCGCUUAGAGCCCUUGCGGCUGCAUGUCUUCCGGCACUUACGCUCGCCAACGUAUUCAGCCUUUCCGACCUUCAGUGGACCCUUCGCAAUGGGAAUGGAUCGAUAGUCGUUCCUGCGUCUGUGCCAUCACAGGCACACCUCGACCUUUUGGCUGCAGGGGUCAUCGCGGAGCCAUUGUUAGGCAUAAAUGACGUUACGCCUUUCCUUGAGGCUGUUCCUCAGAGCCCGUUAUCUCGUACCCUCCUCGUGUUCUACGGCCUGGAUACGAUAGGAAACAUCACAGUGGCUGGUCAUCCCGUUGCUUGGGUUGACAACCAGUUCCAACAAUACGUGUACGAUGUUACGGAUCUGAUCGCAUCUCCUUCGGACAAUGAUCGCAACAUCACCGUCGCCUUUGAAUCGGCGUAUUUCUAUGGGCUCAAUGUGACGUCAUUGCCAGACACUGAGGUUCCGCUAACGCCUGACUAUUCUGGAUUCCGACAAUAUCUACGCAAAACACAGUCUGACUUCGGGUGGGAUUGGGGUCCGGCCUUCGUUCCCGCUGGAAUCUUCAGGCCUGCAUACCUUGUCUCACUCUCUGAACAAUAUUCUCUAGAGAUCUCGAAAGUCGGACAAACAGCACUGAUCUCGCCCGAUCAGACUGCUGAUUGGCUCGUGAAUGUCACUCUCGGCGUACGCUCUGUGCUCCCGAGCUUCAGCCCGGCGAUUUCAAUCGCAAUCCCAGAGCUUGGCAUCACAUCCGGGCCACUGUCCGUCAGCUCUAUCCCCGCGUCAACCAGCACGCCCACCUUCGUCAGCGCGAGUAUCACGGUUCCGGAUGGCGUCCCGCAGCGCUGGUACCCCCGCGAUCUGGGCACUCCUCAACUGUACAACUUCACGAUCACGCUCGCGCUGGGCGACUUCUUCGGCGUGGAAGUGGACGAGGCAAGCUUUACUGUGCGCAGCGGGUUCCGCACGAUGGAGCUCGCGCAGACAGCGUACUUGCCCGAGGAGAUUGCCGCGCGCGGCAUAACGCCUGGCGACCAGUGGCACUUCCUAAUCAACGGUGAGGCGUUCUACACCAAGGGGACGAACAUCAUCCCGUUCGACCCAUUCUAUGCGCGCAUCUCCUCCGAGAAGGUCCGCUGGGUGCUUGAGAGCGCGGUGCUGAGCGGCCAGAACAUGCUGCGUGUCUGGGGCGGCGGUAUUUAUCAACCAUCGGAUGCGCUCACUGGCGUCUAUGAUUUCUACUCUGUGUGCGACGAGCUAGGCAUUCUUGCAUGGUCGGAGAUGAUCUUCUCUGACGCAACGUACCCCCUGAACUCAUUCUUGCUUGACUCUAUCGACCCGGAGGUGCGCCAGAACGUGCGGCGCAUCAAUCAUCACCCAAGCAAUGUCCAAUGGGCAGGUGGAAACGAGAUCGAGAACAUUGUAAUCGGGAUCAACGAGACGUAUGCUAACGGAACUCACUAUCUGGACGAGUACGUAUACAUGUUCCAAGAUUUUCUGUACAAUAUCACGUAUGAGGAGCAGUCCUCGGUCCCGUACACAGAUUGCUCUACGACGAAUGGCGUCCUGAGCCUGGACCCUUACGUUCUUCGAUUUGAGAACAAGACGCCCGGUUACAUCUAUGGAAACACCGAGCGAUACAACUACGAUGCCUCCCAGGCUUUCAACUACAGCACGUACCCGGUCGCACGCUUAUUAUUGUCCUUUAGAUUCCACUCUAUGCCUUCAUUCUACACCUGGGAAGAGGUGCUUGAGUCUCCGGAAGACUUCGCCUUCAACUCGACAGUAGUCAUGUCUCGAGAUCAUCAUCCUCCAGCGGGCAGUCUUGCGUGGCCCAACCCGAACGCGCCUCAGGGCCAAGGUCAGAUGACAAUGGGUGUAGAGCUUUGGCUACCGACACCAGGAACGUCCGACGCGAACCAGACCUUCGCCCAAUGGUGCUGGAGUACGCAGAUUUUCCAGUCGAUGAACAUGAUUUCUGAAAUCGCGUGGUACCGCCGUGGUGCUGGGCUCGGCGAGAACAAUCUCGGUGCGCUCGUCUGGCAGCUGAACGACAUCUGGCAGGGCGUCAGCUGGUCGUCCGUCGAGUACUCUGGGCGCUGGAAGGUGCUCAACUACGGCAUGGCGAGCAUCUACACCCCCGUCGUCGUGUACCCGUUCUGGACGCCGGAUAACCAGACGCUGGACAUUAUGGUCACUAAUGAUCGGUGGUAUACGGUCAGUGGGACGGCGCAGCUGACGUGGUAUGACUGGGCGGGCAACGAGCUUAUGCCAAUGACGCACGAGUUCACCGUGCCGACACUGAACAACACGGUGCUUAUGUCGCUGCAAGGCUUCGACACGAUCCUCCCGGAGGGCGCUACUCCCACGAAUUCAUGGAUGUUGCUGAAUGUGACAGCGCAGCUCGAAGAUCGCACCGUUACGAUGGAGACUUACUACACGCCUGUGUCGCUUGCUGAAGCAGAACUCGUUGACCCGGAGAUAAAUCUCACACCGGGAAGCAACCUGACGUUUACUCUGUCAGCCAAAGGCGGAGUCGCUGCAUAUGCCUGGCUUGACCAUCCUUAUGGGACCGUUGGCUAUUUUGUGGAUGCCGCAACUCAAGUUCCGCUCAACGGGUUCUACUUGGUGCCAGGUAUUGAUCGUACAGGUGAGUGUUAG